UUGCAAAUUAAAGGAAAUGAUAGUUCAGAUGAUGAAGAUUCCGAUGACCACGUAUUUUCAGAGUACGAUGAAGAAAAAGGUGUUGUGUUCUAUCCGCCUGUGUACAUUCAGAGGUAUGCAGCGGUCAGCGACUGUCUCAUGGACGAAAGAUGGAGGGGAAAGCUAGAAAAGGUUGUAGAUAUUGGAUAUCAUGACAUGAGUUUCAUAAAGUAUCUUAUAGAUAUGCCUGGAAUUAAGCAUAUCAUGGGUGUUGAUAUAGACCCAACAACUCUCCGUUGCUCCUCAGAACUUCUGGAAUCUAAAAUUAACAUAACAAAGAGGGAUAAUCCAUUGAAGAUUACGUUAUUUCAAGGGAAUGCCGCCGAUCCAGAUUUCAGGUUGAUAGGCUGUGACGCUGUAGUAGCCAUCGAGAUGAUAGAACACAUGCUCCCACAUGAUCUGGAAAGAUUAAUCCACACAGUAUUUGGCUUCAUUAAACCUCAAGUUGCAAUAUUUACAACACCCAAUGGUGAUUUCAAUGUUCUUUUUAAAGCCUUGGAGGAUAAUGGCUUGAGGAGAACUGAUCAUUUCUUUGAGUGGAGUAAAGAACAGUUUCAUGAUUGGUGCAGUAACAUAGUAUUACGUUACCCUCAAUAUACUGUCACCACUAAGGGCAUAGGUCCGGGACCACCUGGGACCUCACACAUAGGAUGUUGCAGCCAACUAGCAAUGUUUAUGGCUAAGAGCUAUCACAAACAAGAUGAUUUGGACGUCAAUAGCUUGGCUCUUGUACCAAAGUUACCAACUCAGAGUGCUGUGAGUGACAUGAUAUUCAGUUGUAAUUCCUCUGAUGAUUUUGAUACUAGCAUGCUGUGUUUAGAAGAUAAUAUUAAUUCCUUUACCGAGCUCCUUGACCGUCAUUCCUGUAUGACACUUGUUCUGACCUCUCCCUCAUUCUCCUGUGAAUCUAUUGAGUAUGAAGAUAAGACAUCUCAAUGUAACUUAGACAUUGAAUUUGGAAAGAAUUUUCUUAUGUUUGAUGAUGACACAUACUAUGAUAUCCGUCUUCCAAGUAGACAAAGACAGAUUCAAGUCUAUGAAAUUGAAGAUGUUGCUUGCAGGUUAAAUUGCAGUACAUUACAAGUGAAGAAGUUCUCCAAGGAAACACAAAAUUUACUUAUUAAAAAUAAAACCGAUGCUUUGUGCCACACAAGCGAAGUGAUUGAUGAAAUAAAAUAUAUAACGAAAAUGCUUAAUUUCAACAAAGAUUCCAAAAAUGGACUCGAAAAUCAUUCAUGGUGUAACAUAAAUUGGGGGGAAAAUGCGCCAUACUGGAAUCAGUAUUACAAAGUCAUCAGGGAAUAUGAUUAUCCUUACGAAACGAAAUCUGACGACUGCCGUAUAUUAGAUGUGAUAAGUGAGAAAAUAGACUGUCUUUUAGACGAAAUUGACAGUACUUACCUGGUUGAUGGUAACAAGUUGGAAAUACCGGUCACAUAUCUUAUGGAUACUGUGAGACACAUUACUAGUGAUGUCGAUAAAGUCAAGGAGUUAUUGGAAUGGAAUGGAUACGAGAUAAAAGACGACGUGCUGGUUCACCCUCGUCUAGACAUAGAUAAUAUCUCCAUAGACACUGACACUGACAAUGACUGGACCGAAGAUGUACAUGAUUGGAAUACCACGGAUGCCCAUUUAUCGAUAAAUUCAGAAUGUAACGCUAUAGUACGAGAUAUCUACGAUCGUAGCCUCCACCGCGCUAUUGACCGCAAAGUAUUGAAACUAAGGUCAAUGUUUAUUGCUGAUGAAGAUAUUACAUCUGAAUUGGAUAAGGUUGUAUGUCGUUUGAUGAAGCUCGCAUUAAAUUCGAGAAAUAAACAUCGACGCCCUCCUUCUGUUAUCUGGUUGCAAUACAAACUGUUUGGUCUUCUUACUCUCACUGAAAAAGCUAUAGAGAAAAGGAGGUGCCACAUGCUGAACAACUUUUCUAUUAAAGCUAUUGAGUAUUGCAAAGAAGAUAAAGAUUUAAUACAUAACCUCAAUAAAAUAAAACAAGAGGAUCAAACUGCGCAAAAUAUUGUAUCUAAAUAUUACCAAUUGGUACCCUCGUUAGAAGAUUUAACUGGGUUAGAUGAUAUUCAGUACCAAGAAUUACACUACCAGUUUGAAGAUUCUGACUUCGAUGAUAUUACAAGCAACGAGUUUAAAGGUGAAUCUACUAUUUACAGGAAAAUGAAAUUGUAUGACAGUGGCUUUAUAACUUCUUUAUUUACAGCUCAUGACGUCACUCUUGAUGCUGAUAAUCAAAUCGUUCCAGUUCAUCCAUUCCAAAAUAUGGCUGGAAAUAAAAUUGAACUAUCUGAUUGGGAUUCAAGUAAUCUGGAUUUAGUUCCAUACACGAGUCACACAGAUGUUUCAGAUGUUAUCAGUUCAGAUGAAAAUAAUUUGGUCUUCACAAAUACUACUAAAUUUGACAGAAUAAAAACUAACGCUGUAUUCAAAUACCUAAACAACAUAAAUAGUAAUUCCUGUCUAAAAUUGACUGUUGCUUCUCAAAAUAAAGUGUUACCUGAAAAGCUAUUCAAAAACAGUUAUAACAUGUUCAGUAGGAAUAUACCGAGCAAAUCUAAAGUCAAGAAACUUAAUAAGAAGUCGAAGAGCAAUAGCCUAAAACGCCAAAAAGAAGAAUACAAUCGUAAUAAGGCCAAAGAGAAAAGAAAGCCACAUGAACCUCAGAUUCCUCGCUCCAUAAUAUCCGAUCAAAUUCCGGACAGUCCUGCAGAAAAUUGUAAUUUAGAGUUUGAGAAGACAAAGAACUGGGAAGAAUUAAAUUCUGACGUUUUACGAGAUACUACGGCUAGCUAUGGAAAUGUUAUAGAUAACAACAUAGCCAAUACUGAAAUAUGCGUAUUUCUCAAUAUAGUUUCAGAACAAGGCGAGGAAACAGUUGCUUUGCAACGAAAUAUAGGCACGGAUCCCGAUUCUGAUAUGCUAUAUUUUGAGAAUGAAAUACUUUUGGAUUCCUUAAUGAAUGUAACGAGAGAUAAUAGUUUCUAUUAUACAAAGAUUGAGACAGACUUGGAAAAUUUAGAUCCAAAUACAAUAUUUUUAAACGAUAUAAACGAACCCAGUACAUCAAAAGGGGUUAGACAUCUGAGCACGGACGUGCAAUGUGGUCCCGAUGUUUCAAUAACAAACAUGAUGUUAUCGGCGUCUACAUCUUUUACUAAAAUGUCUAAACUUUACACAACAGGGAUAAAAAUUGGAGACUCGUGUGUAGAUAUACCAAAAAAUAAAGUUACUUAUGAUUUCGGUACAUGUACUGAAACCUGCCAAAGUAUAAUUAAUACUAAAAAAUCAAUAGGUAUAAAGAUAAAAGAUUCAGAUAUUAAUAUUUGCAAAAAUGAGAGUGCCACGAUGACUGAAGAGCUUAAUAACAGGGAAGCCGUCAUUUCACCCACCCAAAACGUCAUGGAUCCUAAACCACUGAAAAGCGCAAGUUUAUCUGUAACAGAUGAGUGUAGUUCGCAUGUUUUUGAAAGCGUAGGAAGUUUAACUAAAUCACAUACACGAUUAAGUGAAUUAUCGCGACAUACCAGUGAUUUACUUAUACAAUCACCAGGUGAAGAUAAAAAUCUACCGAAAACAAGAUAUAUAAGACCAAAAUUAAGUUGUGGUGGUGUACAUGUACACAGUUACAAGGAUCGCAUCGCUUCGGAAGAUCUUGUAUACCAAGGGGAAUGGCAGCGCUCGAAACUUAAAACAUUGGCUAAAAAGAAUCCUAAUGCUACAUUUGUUAAAAAAACAAGGAAAAGAAGUGUAAAUGUGAAAGACAACCCCACCUUAAAGGAUACAAAUAAAAAGGAAAAUAAGGUUUUAAGCAAAACUAUAGCAGUAAGAAGCCCCAAAGAAGGUGCCAAAAAAUAUUAUUCAAAUAAAACUGUCGCAGGCAAUCUUCAGUCCACAAAUUUAAUGAAAACAAAUAAAAAUGUAACAAAGGUUGCAUCAAAAAUCACGACGAGCUCUACUGUCGCUAAAAACACGAAGAAUUUUUACUCUUCUAAGCAACCAUUUUCGUCAUCAACUCCUAAACGUAAUGUUAAUGCAGAAAGACAAAAAACCACUAGGAAGAAUUACCUCCCACUUUAUUUGAGAAAAAGACUUAAUUCAUCUUUGUUAAAAAAACAAUCUGAAGCAAUAGAUUCCAAAGAUGUAGGACCGAAACUUAACUUAGAUAUAAAUAUAGUGCGCAAUGCUGCACAUGUACAAGAGUUUACAAAAGAUUUGCUUUUAAUACCUGAAUCGCCACAUACUAAUCUAAAUUAUAUUGUAUUUCGAAACGAUAUUGAGACUAAUAAAAACAUUAGUACGAAUUCACCUUCAUUUGAAUUGAUCAGAAAUGAUUCUACAAAGCGCCUUAGUUCAGCAUCUCCAAAUAGUUCGACAUGUUCAUCGCCUAAUAGUGUAGCCACAGUUCGGGCUGCGUCAACAAGAACUAAAUCCGUAUGCAACCGUAAAAAUGCUACUUCAUCCGAUAGAAGCAACUCUGGAAACCUAGAAACAGAAACCAGAACCGUGAAAAAUAAAAAGUAUACUAGAAGAGUUAAAACAAACAAAAAAUCUUCAAAUAUUAUUCCCCUAAGUGAUAAUAAGGAAAAUUUACCAGAAUCUUCACGGAAUACCAUUUGUUUGAAGGAUAAUGAAAAGAAUUCAAAAAAGGUAUUUGUUAAUAGAACAAAGAGUAUAUACAUGGCUCAGGUGACUAACGAUGCAUCGAAUUUGGUGCCAGUCGCCGCUAAUUCUAAAAUGAAGUCGCAUUCGAACAAAGCUUUCAAGUAUAUGUCUAUAAAAUCUCCAGAUGUCCAAAAGUUUAGUACCGCUAUACCAUCGGUAUCUACAAAAAAGUCAUGUAAUGAAAAUUCAGUACAGGAAUAUCCAUUGAAUCACCAAUUAACAGAUAUGGAUGACUUGUCUGUACCCCCUCAACUAUACCCCAUCGGAUCAAUCGAAACAACUAACCGUCCUGGCAAUAUACAAAUCGAAACAAAUAAAACACACAUUUCUGAUGUUUGCAGUAAGCCUGUUCAUCAAACAAAAAGUAGUAUUCUAUCUGCUAUAAGAAAAUUGGUCGAAGGGAACAUUAGUAAAUUUGAAACUAAUGACAAUGAUGGCCCUUUAUCAGAUUCUGAAACGGUUAUCAUAAGUCGAGAUGAUUUAGACUCUAUGAAUUUUGAUGAAAUAUCAUCUCUCGCUAGUGUUAAAACAGUACCUAUUAAUGAAGGCAUUUUCAAAUUUGAAAAUGAUGCAGACAAUAAAAGUAAUGUAACGGAAAACCCUGUUAUAGCAAAUAAUAUAGAUUCAACGGAGAACACGGUUUUUAUUCAGCCAGACGUAGAAUCAGAUUUGCCUUCUUUUAAAUCUAUGGCAUCGAUAUCCACUCCAAAGUUUUCCGAAUUCUAUUUAGCUGACAAUGAACUUGAGACGGUCAAUACAAAUUCCGUACAAGAUAUUUUUGAAAGAAAGGAUCCAAAUAUUGUUCCAAGUUCGGCUGGUGUUUUAGCGGUUCAAGCAUUCAGUGGCUUUUCAGUGAACCUAGAAUCACUCACAGGCGAUCAACCUGAUCACGUUAACUUAGUCGAUUCUGAAACUGGGAGUCUAACCUUAGAAUCAGCGAGACAAACGGCAUCAGAAGAAUUAUUUGUAUCCGGUCGAUCCUCUGACACGUACGAGUCAUGCCUAUACGAUGAUGAAGCAGAUGUCCCUAAUUGGCUUUUCAAUAUUAUUAGUCAUCAGCAAUCGAUAGAAGAAUCGGAGGCUGAAGAUACUUUACCGGUAAUGGUGCCGCUGACUGGUCCAGAUUUUGAAAUAAAUGGUAACGUUGAACCCGGAGUGGGUCUGGGGGCGGGAGCGGGGGAUGGUCGAGGGAUCCACAGUGAUCAUUCACAAGAUAGUUCUGGAAGGGGAAGUUCUUUGAGCUCGACACCUACUUCUUCAGGGCCACAGAGCGAAGUGGCCGUUCUAGUCGACUCUUCAGCGUUUACUGCACAAUCAGUAUUCGGCUCGAUGGUGGGUCCAACAACAAACGCAGAAAAUGAAGCGAUAAGUGUCUCUGUGCAACUCCCGGAAAAUAAUAGAAAUGGCGGUCUGAUUCGAACGAGUACAAAUACAAGGAGUUUUAUGAAUCCAGCAGUUGUGACGAGUGAUGUAGACGCCGACGUCAGUUCUUUGGACACUGAUGCUAUGGAUUCUGAUAACUGA